AUGAGGUGUGGCCUCACUGGAGCCAAGUACAGGGGGAAAGCAAUGUUUGUGGCUUCAGAGGACCCACAAGUGAACAAAGAAAACUGCCUUGUUUCUAUACAUAGAGCCAUGAACAGCCAAGGUAGAUAACAUUUGUAAAGGUUUGGGCUGAUAUUCUGUGAUCUUUGACUUUCCCUACACAUCGUGUAGCUGCAGAAGUUGUAGUUAUGUAGUCACGUUGUGUAAAUAUGAUGUAUCAUCUAAUCACAACUCAUGCAGUUCUGUUGUGUAAAUACAGGUGACUGCAACACAGAGGUUCCCUUGUCUGUGCCUUACUCUCCCAUCCAAGGUGGGGAUUGUACUCCUUUCUUCCCACAGAAGUGCCAUGAGAUAUGAGUGUUUGGAGCCACUUGUGUACCAUGGAAUUGAAAGCAAAUGAAACAUAAAAUGAUGCGAGACAGAAGGUAAUCGAACUUUUACAAUUACUGUGAAUUAUUUUAAACAGAUUCAGUAUGGCGGAAUUAAUGUUUUUUAACGAAAGACAGAGGCACGAGAACACGACAUUCACAUUUUAGUGUAAAUAAAGACCAAGGCAGAAGCACAUCUUUUCACUCCAGAGCCUCGUAACUGUUUUUUCGGCAGAAACCCGGCACUUUCCCACCUGCCUGAGGGCGGCGCGGGGCGCUGAGGGGCAGCGCCGGACGGAACGGCGCCCCCUGGCGGCGCGGAGCGCUGUGAGGGAGCGGGCGCUCCUCGUAGGAGAGAGCUUCGCCUUUCCUUUUAAGUUGGCUUGUCCGCCUGAGCCACGAAUUCGGGCCGGCAGCGGGCUAAGGCGAGCGGAGGAGCCGGCUGGGCACGGAGCGGUCUCCCGUGCGGAGCCGUUGUGGCGCUUGCGGCGCGGAGAUCCUCUCCCUGGCGGACCGGGAGGGUGGGCGGCCAGCGGCCGCGGGACCGGACGGGACGGGCCCGUCGGCGCACGGCAGAGAACGGCGGGUGGGCGGCAAGCAGCCGGACUCCGCUCCCUUCAGGCGGCUCCCGCUCGCGGUGACGUCAGCGCCCCGCUCCUCAGUCGGCGGUGCGAGGCGGUGCGGAGCGGAGCGCCCGGGACUCCGCGCGCGGUCAGCGGCCGUCGCGCCGCAGAAGGGCCGCCCGGCGCCGCCUCCUCCUUUCCGUCCCUCCCUUCUUCGGCGCCGGCCGCCCUCCGCGCUGCCUCAUGUUCGGGCUGGAGAAGCCGGCGGGGCAGCAGAAAGUGGGCAGGAGCGGUGGGUUCCCGAACAUGGCGUCCGUGGGGGAUUUUAACGUGCUCAGCUCUAGCAUCCCGGCCACCAAGGUGGAGCUCUCCGUGUCCUGCAGAAAUCUUUUGGACAGAGAUACAUUUUCUAAAUCUGAUCCAAUCUGUGUUUUGUACACACAAGCCAUUGGAAACAAAGAAUGGAGAGAGUUUGGAAGAACAGAAGUAAUUGACAAUACUUUAAAUCCAGAUUUUGUAAGAAAAUUUAUAAUGGACUACUUUUUUGAAGAAAGAGAGAAUCUGCGAUUUGAUUUCUAUGAUGUUGACUCCAAGAGCCCUAAUCUGUCAAAGCAUGAUUUUUUGGGACAAAUGUUCUGUACGCUUGGAGAAAUAGUUGGAUCACAGGGGAGCAGACUGGAAAAACCAAUUGCAGGCAUUCCUGGGAAAAAAUGUGGAACUGUCAUCGUAACAGCAGAGGAACUGGGCUGUUGUCGAGAUUCAGUUUUAAUGCAGUUUUGUGCGAACAAACUAGACAAGAAGGACUUCUUUGGGAAAUCUGAUCCUUUCCUGGUAUUUCAUCGAAGCAAUGAAGAUGGCAGUUUUACAAUCUGCCACAAAACAGAAGUCAUAAAAAAUACAUUAAAUCCAGUAUGGCAGGCAUUCAAGAUUUCUGUCAGAGCACUGUGUAACGGAGACUAUGACCGGACAAUUAAAGUAGAGGUGUAUGACUGGGAUAGAGAUGGAAGUCAUGAUUUCAUUGGAGAAUUCACAACAAGUUACAGAGAGUUGUCGAGAGGGCAGUCUCAGUUCAACGUGUAUGAGGUAAUAAAUCCAAAGAAAAAAGGAAAAAAGAAAAAGUAUAUUAACUCUGGAACAGUUACACUGCUUUCCUUCCUAAUUGAAACAGAAGUUUCAUUCCUUGACUAUAUUAAAGGCGGAACACAAAUCAACUUCACAGUAGCUAUUGACUUCACAGCCUCAAAUGGUAACCCUUCACAACCUACUUCACUGCACUAUAUGAAUCCCUAUCAGCUGAAUGCAUAUGGCAUGGCACUGAAAGCAGUAGGUGAAAUUAUUCAGGACUAUGAUAGUGAUAAAAUGUUCCCAGCUCUAGGUUUUGGAGCUAGACUGCCUCCAGAUGGAAGAGUAUCGCAUGAAUUUGCACUGAAUGGAAACCCUCAAAAUCCAUACUGCCAUGGCAUUGAUGGUGUAAUGGAGGCAUAUUAUAGAAGUCUAAAAUCAGUCCAGCUUUACGGACCAACAAACUUUGCCCCUGUAAUUAAUCAUGUAGCCAGAUAUGCUGCUUCAGUUAAAGAUGGCUCCCAGUAUUUUGUUCUUCUCAUUAUUACAGAUGGAGUUAUUUCAGAUAUGGCUCAGACAAAAGAAUCCAUAGUGAAUGCUUCAAAGCUUCCAAUGUCAAUAAUUAUAGUGGGAGUAGGGCCAGCAGAGUUUGAUGCUAUGGAAGAACUGGAUGGCGAUGUAGUCAGGAUUUCUUCAAGAGGAAAGUUUGCAGAAAGAGACAUUGUGCAGUUUGUGCCAUUCCGGGAUUACAUUGACAGAAGUGGAAACCAUGUGUUAAGCAUGGCAAGACUUGCUAAGGAUGUUCUGGCUGAGAUUCCAGACCAGUUUCUGUCCUACAUGAGAGUCAGGGGAAUAAAGCCAUCACCUGCACCACCACCCUAUACACCUCCUAUUCAUGUGUUACAGACUCAAAUAUGAGCGCUCCAAAGCGCUCAGCAUUCUUCACAAUUCAAGAGUCUCUGGAUGCAGCAGUAGCUUUUUGGAGCUAGAAAAAUUCUCUUCACAUACCAAAAUUCUUCAUAUGGUUGCAUGAGCAACUGGAAAGCUUUUAAAUGCUAGGAUCAAAAUGUUGAUGUUCUGAGUCUUUUUCUUUUGACAGAAGCCCUACUUUUUUGAUCUAUUUAUUGGAGAGGAAAGCACAAGUCAGGAUUUCAACUCAGAAGAUAUGUCCUCUCUGAAUACUGUGUGUACAUAAAUGUAUAGGAAUGCUAUUCCUCUGUAUCAAUGUUUACAUGUUACUAUUUUUAAAUUUCAGUACUUUUAUAAAUAUUCUUAAGAAUAAAAGUUUGGAAUAUUGAUUCACACAUCUUCGAGCUCGCAAUAGUUUGUCACAAGAUCACAGGAGAAGCAAUAUCUCUUUGAAUGUUUGUCCAGACAAAUACAGAUGAAAGCUAAGAAAAGGACAGAUAGGUGUGUUUUCCAAUACCUGAAUUGCUUCAGUUGGUUCUCAGUAAUCUAUCCAUUUUACAGUCUGAGAAUAAGCUCCUAAAAUGUGAAUGUCAUAAUUACAUAUGACUUCUGACUAGGUCCAAAUUUCAAGGGGGAGGAAUGUGUAUUUUUUCAGAGAUUCUCCAGUUUCUAAGUUUAUCUGAGUUUACAGUUUUUUAAACUAGUUACUGAAGCAAAUUAGAAGAGUUACUUGCUAUAAGUAAUUAAAGAAAAUUACCUCAAAUCAGAACUUUGAGUGUUACAGUUGACUCACUGAGCUCAUUAAAUCUUUCCAUGCAUUCCUUAAAGCAGUGGAAAUUUUGCAUCAGAAAAGUCUUUUGGAGUGAUUACAGCAGAUGUUUUAUAAUGGAUCAUUUUAAACUUAAUUUAAAAUUACGACAUUUUGUCUAGAUUGCCCAUUCAAAGGGAUGCUGGCUCUUAAUAUUUGGGUUUAUAUUGUCAUUUAAUCACAUUUCCAUUCAGGAUGCAUGAAUGAUAAUGUUAAUUAACUGGUUUAAAAAUUGCACAACCAUGUUGCUUUGUGCACAAUUUUGUGUACCAAACUACCCAAAAAUUUUAUUAUAUGCCUGUUCAUAUAUAAUUAUGAAAUGAUUUUGCAUGUACAGUUUUUACAAAAUACACAGUUUUGUGAGUUUGUGUCAGAUAUAUUUUAUUUAGAACUAAUGGCCUUAAAUUUCACAGAACUCCUGAAAUGAUUGUGAGUUGCCUUCAAAUACUGUUAAAAAGGAACAUUUUUAAUUUUUUGUGCGUCACAGUUGUAACUGUCCUGUAACGUAACUUAUUUUCUUUGCAUAUAACCCGUUUACUACUUCUGUUUCUUACUACUGUAUGUGGUAAUGUACAGUAUGAAACUACGGUGCGUUUUUUAAGCAUGAAAAGUUUUUUUCCAGAAAGUGUAUCUUCAAUAUUAAUGGCAUAUAACUCUGUAAUUGCAGAAUCUUCCAUUUUUAAAUAUAUUUAAAUUCCUUCAGUCUCAUGCAGGAAAUUCCUUUUUUUUUUUUCAGAUAAUUAUCUGUUAGUAAAAAAUAAAUAUAAAAAAGUAUUAAAAAGUGUUUUUUUGGUAAAAAAAAAAAAAGUUUUAUUUUUAUUUCAAAACGGUUUUUACAUAAAUAUGGACUUUAAUUUUCUCACCAAAAUAUGUAUUUCUUAGUGGAUUGAUGUUGCAUGAAUGACAUUUGAUACCUGACAAAUUUUGAUGAAAGUGC